AAUCUGCUGGUGGAAGUAGGACGCGAAAGGUUCUAGAGUCCCUACCGUCAUGGCGGCGGCUGUCCCCAAGGCUGGGGCUUCAGCUCCCGAAGCGGCGGGUUCCGCCGAAGCUCCGCUGCAGUACAGCCUUCUUCUGCAGUACCUGGUUGGUGACAAGCGUCAGCCCCGGCUCCUGGAGCCUGGCAGCUUGGGCGGGAUCCCGAGUCCCUCCAAGAGCGAGGAGCAGAAGAUGAUCGAGAGGGCGAUGGAAAGUUGCGCCUUCAAGGCUGUGCUAGCCUGCGUGGGAGGAUUUGUCUUGGGAGGUGCAUUUGGGGUCUUUACAGCCGGCAUUGAUACUAAUGUAGGCUUUGACCCUAAGGACCCUUACCGGACACCAACCGCAAAAGAAGUUCUGAAAGACAUGGGACAAAGAGGAAUGUCGUACGCCAAAAAUUUUGCCAUCGUGGGCGCCAUGUUCUCGUGUACUGAGUGUCUGGUAGAAUCUUACCGGGGAAAGUCAGACUGGAAGAACAGUGUCAUCAGCGGCUGCAUCACCGGCGGAGCCAUUGGUUUCAGAGCUGGUGUGAAGGCCGGGGCCAUAGGUUGCGGAGGUUUUGCUGCUUUCUCUGCUGCAAUUGAUUACUACCUACGGUGAAAGAAAUAGCCUGAAAGGAAGGAGGAUGCCAGCCACCUUCAGGGCUCUUCUUUGGAGCAGUUUCUACAUGCUUGGCAUUGCUUCAGGGGCAAAGCCAGUUGUUUCCUCUACUGUUGGUGGUGUGAGAACCACCUCACUGUCCUCUGCUUGCAGCCACUGGAGCAGCCGUACUUUUCUACCUGUGAACUCCAACCGGGUUUUCAGCGCAGACGGUAAAAAGAUCAGGAGGCAGCGUGUUGACUGUUAAGAAUUGAGCUCGAGGAGCUGGAGAGAUGGCUCAGAGGUUAAGAGCAUUGCCUGCUCUUCUAAAGGUCCUGAGUUCAAUUCCCAGCAACCACAUGGUAGCUCACAACCAUCUGUAAAGGUCUGGUGCCCUCUUCUGGUCUGCAAGCAUACACACAGAAUAUUGUAUAAUAUUGUAUAAUUAAUUAAUUAAUUUAAAAAAAAAGAAUUGAGUUCGACCCAGGCUCAGUCCUGACCUCACUCAGCUCGUUGUGAACAGGGAGGUGGCAGUAUGUUUGUCCAUAGCUAGGAAGCUCUUCUUCCUUGAGACUGUGUAAGCAUUCGUCUUGAGUACCAGGGCAGGGCAAAGUAAACUUACACCAUCCAGGCAAGUAUAGCAUUUCAGUUAGUGUCUUUGCUGUCCUUGUUAAAACUAAGUAUAUGUGGGCUGGAGAGGUGGCUCAGUGGUUAACAGCACUAGCUGCUCUUCCAGAGGUCCCAGGUUUGGUUCACAUUGUGGCUCACAACAAUCUGUAACUCUAAUCCCAGGGGUCCAAGGCCCUCUGAGGACACCAGGCACCACUGCUCAUACAUGUAGGCAAAAUUCCCAUUUCUUUUGUUUUCUUUUUUAAAGAGCAUAUAUACUGUUACAAAGAGUUUAUUUUUUUAGCUUUCGUAUCUCCCACAGAUGUGGAGACUGGAAAACAGGGCUUGUGGAAACUGCACCCUUGUCACCAGCCACUCUGUCAGCUAGGCCUCUCCCCCAGGAGCAGUCUAGCCAUGUUCUCAGGUGACUGCAAGACGCUGGUAACUCUUCUGCCUCUGUAGAGAACCCCAUUGGGCUGGCUGGUGGUCAUGCAUGCAGCUUGCUGAACCAGUGGCUUCAGACCCCAGCCCAGGUUAAAGAUGCGUGUUUGCUGUGGUUAUCCUGCCAGCUCAGUCAUUCAGUAACUACCGGCCCAAGUCAAAUGUUGAAGGCCUGCGCACACCGCCCUUGUUCUGUGCCAAUAGACUAUGUUACUGUAGUUGUGUGCGUUGAGGACGGAAUUAAUGGACUCAGUCCCGCCCUCCGGUCAGCUGUGUAUGAGGCUCAGGAAAGACCUGUAAUGACUGCCUUCAGCCAGCAAUCAAUCUUUUCCCUGCUGUAUACUAAGAACCCUUCCACGUUUUCUUUGCUUGCGUCCUCAUCUCUACGCACCCUUAAGCAGAAUUCAGAGUCCACUUCACCAUUAGUCAUUUGAGUGUGUACCAGUGAGUGAUGGCAUCAAAUCCAGAGCAUUGCCUUUAUGCUAUUCCCUUGGAAUGGGUGUGAGCUAGUGCACAGGGCUCAUGUUCUUCUCUGCUGCAUCCUUUUCAUUCCUCCUCUGCUGAGGAAAAAACCCAAGGCUUGGGUAGUGCACGCCUUUAAUCCCAGUACUUGGGAGACAGGCUGGCGAAAAUCUCCUUGAUUUUUGAGGCCAGCCUGGGUCUACAGAGAGAAUUCCAGGACAGCCAGAGCUACUGUCUCACUCAAAAAACGAAAAAUUUUAACCCAAGGCCUCAAACAUGCUAGGCGAGUACUCUAUUGGUGACUCUCUCCCCACCUAUAGCCCCCAGUGAAUUCUGUAUGAUGCCUGCCUUGUUUUCAUAAGCAUGAGGCUUCAUCACUGAGACAGGCUGAAGCACAGGAGUGUUUCCUACACCGUUCAUAAAUUCUUCAUCUAGGAACACCUUGAAGCAAAGAUGGUUUCUAGCUGGCACCUGUCAAAGUGUUCAGGUACCUGAGUCUUUGACCAGCUGGUCUUCCACAUGAGCCUCAGUACAAGAAAUGUUGCCAUCACAACUGUCUUGGCAAAGAGGAGCCUCAGGGCUGUCAGUAGACAUCAGCUGAACAAGCCAGGCCUUGUCCACGUGGACUAUUCAAUCAAGGGGAGAUGAAUAGCUUCCUGUUUUAGAUGGCUGGGGGGUGGGGGUCAGUAUGAGCUCAUAAACUAAACAGCAAUUUGCAGACACAUCUGUUCCUCAUCUCCAAAAUAAACAGUGUCCAAUGGC